GAACACUCACUGAUACAGAACUGAGGCUAAAGUUAAUAAACACAUGUUUCUGAUUUAUGUAGUGAGCUGGUUCACGCAACAUUGGACUUUGAACUUGUUUGUGCAACAGCACAGAGACUCUCAAAGCUAUGGUGUCAGCAACACAAGACAACUUUAUUAAACAACAGAAUUCUAGUUAAAGACCUAAGAACUCAAAGUCUCACUUCAUGUGCUGAGAUGCAGGGGCGUUUCUAGAGACUUGAUUGGGGGAGGAUAUCUACCUGCACUGAGCCACUUGGAAUGUGCACUUCACUCCGUGUCGUCAUGGUUACAGUAACAUGGCCUCCAGUUCUCUGAGCAGACGACUCGUGGCUUGUCUCCUCAACAUUUCCGAGGCUCGCAGGAAAGACGUGGUGGAGACUGUGGCCAAAGCAGCUUUGUACAACACUGAAGGUGUUCAACGAGAGGCGACCACAGUGCUGAACAUCUUCAACGAUCAUGACUACAAUCGCUCUGUUAUCACCAUUGUGUCCAGCAUAGAUUCCAUCCGGGAGGCGGUCCUGUCUGCAUGCGAGAAAGCCUGCGGGCUGAUCGACAUGUGCGCUCACAAGGGGGUUCACCCGUGCAUGGGUGCCGUCGACCUCAUACCCAUCUAUCCACUGGGGGAGGAGGUGCGAGUGCAGGACUGUGCUGAACAGGCACAAGCUGUGGCUCGGGGACUCGCGACGAGGGUCCAGGGCACCACGGUCUUCCUGUUUGGCUGGGCAGACUCCCCUCUUCACCGGGGGCUGGCGCAGAGGAGGAAGGAGAUGGGCUGGUUCAAGAAGAUGCCGGACCUGCGGAUCCAGCCCGACAUCGGGCCACAGCCGCAGAAGAGGUUUGGUGUCACAGGAGUUGGAGCCAGUCCGUACGUCAUGAACUGCAACGUCACUAUCGACACCCAGGACGUCGUCGUGGGACGCAGGAUCGCCACGGCCAUCAGAGAGUCCACCCCCGGGGGCCUCCCGGGGGUGCAGGCAAUGGCUUUCCCACAUGAGGGCGACGUGGAAAUUGCCUGUAACGUGGAAAGCGUGAAAAGCGGCCCGUCAGGUCAUGUGACUGCGGACGAACCCUGGCCGUCUUUCAGUAUCGAAGGACGGCAGUACUGCCACGCUCCAGCUUCCCUCAUCACGCGGAGGGUCGCGGAGCUGGCACGCAAGCAGGGGGUUGGUAUUAAAGGUACGGCCUUGGUGGGGUUUACUCCCCACGAGUGCAGGGGCUUAGCGGAGUUAGCGCUGUCUCAAGGUGUUGCAGAGUUUUGGAAAGAGCAGCACAGGAUCCGUAUGUGAACACGUCCUGUGAAACUUCAAAUAAAAGAAUAUAGUCUUGA